AUGUCAGAAGGUUAUUCUGGGGAUGUUGGUACUGAGGAAGAAAACGGAUAUGGAGGUAUGUUUGGUCCCGAGAUCGAGAUAGGUAAUUGGAGAGAUGGUGGUAACGGGCAACAUAUAUUUAUGAAGGCAGCGCUUGGAUCUGGUUUUAAUAAUAACAUUCAUGGGGAAUAUGAGGAGAAUUUGGGGAGAAACACAGAAGUGGAUUUUGACUUUAUGGUGGCAGAAGCUAACAAAAAGGGUUUUGAGGUAUUAAAUUUGAGAAAUUUUGGGGAGCAGGAAAAUUCGAGAUGGAUCAUGUUCCGGCAGCUGGAAGAUUUGGAGGAGUCGUUAGCAUUUGGGAUCCGGGUGUCUUCAAGCCCUAAACCGCUUAGAAUCUUCAACUCCUGGUUGGAGAGAAAGGAUUUUGAUGAAGUGGUUAAUAAGGCGUUUGGAAAUUCUAAAGGCGGUGGGGAGUCUGAUGUGGUUUUAAUGCAGAAAUUUAAGGCGAUCAGGGAGGUUAUAAAAAAAUGGAAAAAGGACGUGUUAGCUAAGGAAGGAGAAAUGGAGAGGACUCUUAAAGAAGAUCUAGAACAUCUGGAUGAGUUGUUAGAAAUUAGGGAGUUGUCCGAAGAGGAGGAAUGGGCCAAAUCGGUUUGUUUGAAAGAUUUAAAGGAGUUGGAAGGUUAUAGAAUUAAAUAUCUCAAACAAAGAGCUAGAAUUAGAUGGGAUUUGGAAGGGGAUGAAAAUCCGGCCUUCUUUCAUGGAUAUAUUAAUAGUAGGCGCGCUAAUAACAAUAACCCUGGGCUGUUGAUAGAUGGAGUGUGGACUUCUACCCCAUCCCUGGUCAAAAAGGAGAUUUUGGGAUUCUUUAAAAGGGCUUUCAAGGAAAAUAUCAAAGAUAGACCUAAGCUUAAUUGCCAUAAUAUUAAGCGUUUGUCGGAGGAGGAAGCAGCGUCCCUGAUGGUCCCGUUCAGGAGUGAAGAAAUUAAGAUUGCGGUGUUUGAGUGUGGAGCGGACAAAGCUCCUGGGCCAGACGGUUUUAACUUCAAAUUCAUCAAAAAGUAUUGGAACUUAUUUGAGAGUGAUUUUUCUAACUUGUUAGCUUCAUUUUACAGUGAAGGUUCGAUUUCGGAAGGAUGCAGCUCGUCUUUCAUUACUCUUAUACCGAAAAACAAGUAUCCGGUGGGGCUGAAAGACUAUAGACUGAUCAAUCUCAUCGGGGUGAUAAGCAAAACUAUAUCCAACAUCCUUGCUAAUUGGCUUAAUAAGGUGAUUGGGGCCAUCAUUUCAGAAAAUCAGACGACAUUUCUUAAAGGUAGGUAUAUCCUCGAUAGUCCUUUAAUGUUAAAUGAACUUAUCGCGUGGAUUAAAAAAGAGAAGAAAAAGGCUUUCCUUUUAAAAAUUGAUUUUGAAAGGCUUAUGAUAAUGUUAAUUGGAAGUUUCUUCUAG